GAACCCAGUAGUUUCUAGAACAAAUGUUUCCGGCCGACGUUAUUUUGAGUGAAGACUCGUGGAAAUUUUGGUUGAUUCGCGCUCUAACAACCGUCAGUUUUUCGGUUUCAUCGUGGAAAGCACAAUGGCCGCCCCAGGUCCUAAUAAGGACAACAUCAGAGCUGGGUGCAAAAAAUGUGGAUAUCCGGGCCACUUGACAUUUGAGUGCCGAAACUUUGUCAGAGUUGACCCCCAGAAAGACAUUGUUCUGGAUGUAAGUAGCACCAGCAGUGAGGAGAGUGAAGAUGAUGAAGUAGUUCAGCGCAGUGGGAAGCUUGGACGAAGUAAAGGCUCCCAUGAUGACAACACCGACGGUAGAAAAGGGAGACACAAACAAAAGAAAAGCAGCGACAGAAAGUCAAGAAAGAGAUCUAACUCGUCGAGUGAUGACACUACAAAGAAAAAAAAGAAGCGCAGCAGUUCCUACUCCUCAGCUGAUGAAGAGCAGAGGGGAAAGAAAAAGAAAGUGAAAAGCCAGAAGAAGAAAAGCAAAAAGACCAAAAAGGAACACGGGAAGCAACAGAAGAAGAGACAGAAGAAGAAGAAACAAGCAUCAUCUUCCUCCUCUUCUUCUUCCAGCUCCAGUGAAUCCUCAGACGGUGACUGAGACAGCUGUGCAGUGUGUGGAGGUCCAGCAUAUUUAUUCUCCAGUCCAUGAAAAGUGUGUUUUGCAGACAUUUUGUAAAUAAGGCACCUCAUCUUGUUCCAUACAAAUGUGCAUUACUGAGACAAGGAUUUAAAUGAUUAACUAAGGGAAUGAAAAGAAUGUUUGGAGUUCUCUGAAACAUUUUGGAAAACAUGUAGAAAACAGGGGACCAUGUUCAGAUGUAGUGUUUCCUUGUCCUUCCAGGCCCGCUGUCAUUUCACUUGUGACAGUGUUUGUUGCCUGCAGAGGAAUCUUUAAGCAACACAUUGUGCGGUCUCCUGUCAUACAUAUUACUGAACAUCAGUGGUUUUCAAGUCCAAUUAAGAAAUGUAGGUGAGGGGAUAAAAGUCUGGAUACUUUUAGUAAUAAUAAGAGAUGAUGAUUCCAGAUGAUGUCCUUUUUUUGUAUUUGUUCUUUUAUACACUUUGUUGCUUCACUGUUUCUUUGAAAUGAAAAACAUUUUUAAAAGGUCAAAUGUGAAUGUCAAACCUGAUUCGACAUGAUUCGAAGGGCUAUGGGGUAACAUGACUUGUGGCUGAACUAUCGGCCAGAAUUAACGAUAAGCGUCCAUUUUCUUCCCCGUGCUGACGAGUCAGCAGCAGGUGAACUACUGGAUGAUAUCAGUAGACAAAUUACAAUGUUAACUUGCUUAAAUGUUUAUACAGUGCAUUUGCUAUGGUUGCCCAUAGUACGAUACAACUCCUGGAGGUGGCUGUUAAUAUUUCAAAGAAUGACUUCUGCUUUAACCUUUAAGCACCCACACCUUGUUGAAAACCAUCUGGACAUAUCAAAAGUUCAUUACAAAAACAUUGUGUGUACAUUUCGGGAUCAAUAACUGAGCCUCCUUAUACAACUUUGUUGUUUUUUUUGUAAUAAAAUAUAUAUUUGUA